AUGGCCCAAAGCAGAGCCCCCGUGUACCUCGGCCUUGCCGGUCUCAGUGCCGGUGCUUUCUACCUGUACAGAGCGGGUGGUGAUCCCAAGACUGCCACUCAGGAAUUGAAGGCCGACGCCAGCAAAGCCAGCGGUAAAGUUCCCAGCGGUGCGCGCGGAGUGGUUGCAGGCGAGAAUGCCGGAGCAGAGGGCACUGCUGUUAUCGAUGAAGCUAUUAACAACGCCCGCUCAAGCGGCAAACCCGACGAACGCAUCCCUGAGGUCGCGAACCAAACCACUGGAAAACUUGAGGAUGCUAGGGAGAAGUUGAACGCGGGAGUUGACAAGCUUGACCGGAAGGUCGAGGAGAAGGCUUCGGAGGCGAAGGGUGGGUUGUCGGGGUGGUUUGGGAAGUAG